ACAUGACAGCUGACUCACAGAAUAGACUCAGUCUUGCGAUAACAUUUGUGUGGAACACUUUACGUAUUUUGUUGAAACUGUUAUGUUGAGGAAUUUAAUCACAUUUGCGAGUAAAAGGUCCGUUCUGAAAUUUUCUCCACAGCAUCAGUGAUGACGAGCAUCCACAGCGCCUACGUGGGCGAGGUGCACGACGUGCCCAUAUCUGUCAUCAUCAGACCUUUCAUACCGGAGCUGGAUGAGGAUAAGGUGCAGUCGCUAAUGGAAACUAUACAAAAGGAAGAAUCUAAGGGGGACGUGCCACCCAUAGACAUCCUGUGGAUCAAGGGUUCAGAAGGCGGGAACUUCUACUACAGCUUCGGCGGCUGCCACCGAUACGCCGCCUACAAACGACUCAACAGGCCCACCAUCCCCGCGAAACUCAUCAGAUCGACCGUCGACGAUCUGCGGUCCUACCUGGGGAAUAGCACGCCGGACUUGAAGUAGAAGCCAAGCUUCGAACUUUUGUGAAUAAUUUUAGUGUAAAUUUAUUAAGUCUUCUAUCGAUGCAUAUUAGAGAAAUAAUUAAAAAUGCUUCAAAUAAAAUAAGAUUGACUUGGAAAGUCAUUAACUGGGUAUCUGGAAGAGCGAAAGACUGCAAGUUUGAAUAUAAUCUAAUUAUAAACAAUACAAAAAUCCACUCUGAGCAGGAAGUAGCUUCUGCUUUUGAGAAAUUUUUUUCUGACAUUCCAGUUUCCAUCUCAAGCACCCUUGUCUCCUCCACCAGUGUUGCCGAGUCACUUCUUUUGGAAAAUGUUAAGGAAUGUAAACAAAAUUUCAAAUUCAGUGUUUUUAACCCAGCAGAAAUAAUUAAAACUUUCAAAUCCUUAGAAAUGAAAAAAACUGCUGAUAUAUGGGGCAUAUCUGUAAAAAUAAUAAGUUCUGUUAUUGACGUCAUAGCACCAUAUCUAGCACUAGUUUUUAAUAGCUGUAUUGAACAUGGCGUGUUUCCUGACCUUCUGAAGUAUAGUAAAAUUACACCAAUAUUUAAAUCGGGACUCACUUCUGACCCGAAUAACUAUCGCCCUGUUUCGGUAUUGCCGACCCUUAGUAAAAUUUUUGAAAAAAUUAUUUUAAGCCAAAUGCUUCCUCACUUUAACACUUAUAAGUUACUUCAUAUAAAACAAUUUGGGUUUACUAGGGGACGCUCGACUACGGAUGCAGGUGUUGAACUCAUCAGGAAUAUUUUUGAGGCCUGGGAGGAAUCACAGAAUGCACUUGGUAUCUUCUGUGAUUUAUCUAAAGCUUUUGAUUGUGUUAAUACAAUAACUAAUAAGUAUAUUAUAAGUAAGCUUUCUUCUGACCACUGUGGUCAGCAAGUACAAUUUAAAUUGCCUAGUAUUACAAAUAAAUCUAAAGAAGAAUGUACUGUAAUAACAAAAACCACAAAACGCUUUGAAAUGUUUAAACAUAACUUGAUGUUAAAACUACCAUCACUUAAAGUAUGUGAAAACCCUAAUACACAUUAUAAUGCAUUUUUUAAAAUUGUUAGUGAGGAAUAUAACUCAGUAUUUACACCCAAGACUAUUUUUAUAAAUAAAAGGCCAUGCUUUAGUGACUGGGCUACUGUAGGCAUCCAUAAAAGUUGAAAACGACUGUAUGAAUUAUAUAGCGAGAAAAAAUUUAACACAAGUGUUAAAUUCAUUACUUAUGUUAAAAAAUAUUCCAAAAUAUUUAAAAUAGUAUGUAGAACAGCUUAAUCUCGUUUUUUAAGUGAAAAGAUUAAGAAUAGCAAUGAGAAAAUAAAAACCACAUGGAGCAUUAUUAAUGCUGAGACAGGAAAGUCUAAAUCACAUAAGACUACAAUAUAACGGGAAAAUGGAUAAAUCAGAAACUGAAAUAGCUUCAUUAUUUGAAAAUUUAUUUUUGAAUAUCCCAAUGUCAGCAACUGAGUCCCUAAAUUCUUCACCUCUACUAGCUGAAACUAUGUUGAAAGAAAAUGUCGAAGAAUUUUCUAAAUAUUUUAAAUUUCAAUAUGUGCACUAUGCUGAGGUCGUUAAAGUAUUUAACUCUUUAAAAUUAAAAAAUACAAUUGACCUCUGGGGUCAUUCUGUCAGUUUAAUUAAAACUAUAAUCUCUGUCAUAGUUCCACAAUUAGCAAUAAUAUUUAAUAAAUGUAUUGACUGUGGUACCUUUCCUGAUCUGAUGAAAUACAGUAAGACAAUACCUGUUUUUAAAUCAGGUAUUACUAGUGAUCUCUCAAAUUUAAGACCUAUAUCUGUAUUGCCUGUUUUCAGUAAAAUUUUUGAAAAACUUAUUUUAAAUCAAAUGCAGACACACUUUAGUACUUUGCUGACGUGUAAACAGUUUGGAUUUACGAAAGGUCGCUCAACAACUGAUGCUUGCAGCUUAUUCACCAUAUCUAUGAUGCCUGGGAGGAUUCAAUGGAUGCUCUCGGUGUUUUUUGUGAUCUAUCUAAGGCAUUCGAUUGCGUCCAACACGACACUCUUAUCAGGAAUUUACAACACUAUGGCAUCAGGAACAAUGCGCUGACACUUAUUAGUUCUUAUUUAGAAAAUGGAAUUCAGACUGUUGAUAUCAAUGGAAAGCGCGCCCCUGGAUCAACCAUAAAAAUGGGUGUCCCACAGGGUUCAAUUCUUGGUCCAUUUCUAUUCUUGAUCUAUAUAAAUGAUUUGCCAUAUGUUGUUAAGCAUAAUCAUGAAAUUGUUCUAUUCGCUGAUGACAGAUCCCUUUUAUUUAAGAUUAAAAGACGUGAAUCAGUCUUGGAUGAUGUAAACAAUGCUUUGUCCAAAAUUGUUCAUUGGUUCAAUGCUAAUAAUUUGCUUUUGAAUAGUAAGAAAACUAAAUGUAUUAAAUUCAUAACCCCAAAUGUCAGUUAGGUGAAUUCAAAUGUACUUGUGAAUGGGGAGUACUUGGAACUUGUAGACACCACAGUUUUUUUGGGUAUUACUUUAGACGCAAAACUCCAAUGGCGUCCACAUAUAGCUGGUUUGGCGAAUAGACUUAGUUCUGCAGCAUUUGCUGUAAGGAAAAUUCGCCAGCUCACAAACGAAGAUACGGCCCGUGUCGUAUAUUUUAAUUAUUUUCAUACUGUUAUGUCUUACGGUAUAUUACUGUGGGGACACGUUAGUGAUAUUCAAACGAUUUUUGUGCUGCAGAAAAGAGCUGUUCGAGCAAUCUACAAUCUGUCCAGUAGACAUUCGUUGAGAGAUAAAUUUAAGGAGAUCAACAUAUUAACAGAACCAUGUCAAUACAUAUUUGAAAACCUAAUAUUUGUGCAUAAAAAUAUAGAUCGUUUUAAAAAAAACAAUGAAAUUCAUAACUGCAACACUAGAAAUAAACAUAAUCUUGCUCUGAUUCACACAAGUCUAACGAAAAUAGACAAAUCAUUCAGAGGACAAUGUGUCUGUUUUUAUAAUAAAAUCCCUGAAGAAAUUUGCAAACUACAAUUAAAAAGUUUAAAAUAUUUGUUAAACAGAAACUUUUAAAAAAAGCUUAUUAUACAAUUAAAGAUUAUAUAACAGAUAAAAGUGCAUGGGAUUAAAGCAAUGUAAAUAAUUUUAAGGUCUGCAUACUAUUUUAAUUUAUAAGCAGUAGGACUGUAUUAUUCUAUUAUUUGUACAUUUUCUUGACUUCAAAAAGUGAUGUGGUUAUCCUAUUUUGAGAAAUAAACUAUUUGAAAAAUUUGAAUUUAAUAAAACCAAUUGUCUUUUACUCAUAUUUUCAUAAAUGCACAAGUUAUUAUUAUAGAUUUGUGGCAACGCCAUAGAAUAUCUGUCCAAAUUCUUUUUCAUAAUUUUCGAGCAUAUACCCUUCUUUACAGAAAAAUUUAUAAAACUUUUGUUUUUAAAAUGACGACAGCUAACUGACGUCACAGAAAAGGCAAACCAAAUAAUUCAGCUUAUUUAAUUGCCAAAUGUCAUAAUUUAUGUGAAAUAGUAUCAUCGACACAAUUGAUUCAUGACCCGCUUUAGUAAAAAUUCUUUUAAAAUCAUAAAAACAGCUUUAUAUUUGUACGAAAAAUAUUGUAUGACAAUUGUUGGAUUGUCAAGUGUGUAAUAAAAUGUACGUGAAGAGAGUCGGGAGUCAAUUUUGUCGAUAGUAGGUACUAAGAGUAGGUACCUAUGUUAAUAUUUUCAUUGCAAUGAUAGGACGUGAUUUGUAGAAGCAUUGAAACAACGUGAAACCAUAAACAUAUAUAUUUUAUUCUGCACACUACAACAGAUAUGCCAUCUUACACUAGCUAUGUACAAACAUAAAAUAUAACAAUACAUUUAUCCGUGGCCGUUCCAGUGCCGCGGUCCGGAGCAAAGGAAGAAGGACGUAGCACCACCAAUCAAAAGAGUUCUUCCAUAAAUUACGUCACACGGUUUUUGUCUCGGCAAAGUGUGACAAGGGAGGGUCCUAAAUUGUGUGAUAUCAUAAUUUUUCAAAAUACAUUUUAUAUCUAAAGAGUAACAUAAAAAUAUUUGCAACGCUGUCUGCAUGACUGACAUGACAAAUGUGACCAGCUGUGACGAUGACGGGGGAAGGGGUCGAAAAAAUAUAAAAUUCGUGUGACGUGAUUUACGGAGGGCCCCAAAGUUACCUCGCAAACUAUUCAAUAAUGUGCGCAACUUAUUAUGAAAGACGGAGAUCUUAUAAAAUAAUAAUGUUAUUUAUCAAUAGUGUGUACUAUCAACAAACAUAGGUGUUACAAUUAAAAUAUAUAUAUAAAUUA